AUGAGCUCACAGGACAUCUCCGAAGAGGAGGCUGCUUUAUACGAUCGGCAGAUCCGAUUGUGGGGUUUGGAAGCACAAGCUAAAUUAAAGAAAGCAAAGCUACUUCUCAUUGGACUUCCACCUGUCUCCGGCGAAAUCAUCAAAAACAUUGUUCUUUGUGGAGUUGACACGUUAACAUUGUGUGACGAUAAAGUAGUUGAUCAAAGCGAUAUCGAACAAUGUUUUUUAUAUGAAGGACGUCAUGUAGGACAGAUGAGGAAUAUUUCGGCAAUGAAGAGGGCGCGAGCUCUCAAUGAAGUGGUUAAUAUCAGAUGCGAGAAAAUUACGAGUCCAGACUUCCUCACAAAAGAAUACCAGGAUUAUGAUGAAGUAAUAAUUGCGGUGGAAGGAGCAUUUAAGCACUGGACUGAUUAUGCUAUGAAGUUUACUAGUCGACCAAAUAGGCCGAAAAUACACUGUGUUAUGUCCUUUGGGAUGCAUGCAGUCGGCUUUGCUGACCUUGGUUGCUACACCCACGAUGGAGACGAUUGUAGGCAGAUCCGGAAUCCCAAACCUGCCACGGACAGUCCCCUUCCUGCCGCACCCAACGGAAACAAAAAUUGGUCGACUGUUGAAUACCCUUCUUUGAAGACCUUCUUCGAAGUUAACUGGCAUGUUAACACAAACGCGCCAUUGGUGGCUAAACGAAUGCCGAAAGGAUUUUAUCUUACACGACAGCUCAAUUGUCCCAUAUCCACUCAAAAUCUUAAGGAAAUUUGGCCUCGGGUCGCAGAAAAUCUCGGUGUUCCGACAUCCUGCUGUGGGCCUUCACUCGUCGCAAUAAAUGCCAUCAUCGGUGGAAUUAUAUCGCAAGAAAUCGUUCAGGACUUGUCUCACAAGGGUGAACCGAGAGGCAAUUGGUACUUUGUGGACGGAAGAUCGUGCGAAGUGACUGUUCUGUGGCUCCCAAAACGUCCUUAG